CCGGCGCGCUCCCGGUGACGUCAGCGAGGCAAUGGCGGCCCCGCGGUUCUCGCUGGGGCCGCUGAAGGAGCCGCUGGGGCUGAUCCGGGCCCUGCAGUGGUUUUUCUCCAUCUUCGCCUUCGCCACCUGCGGCGGCUUCGAGGGCUCCGUCACCUUCAGGGUCACCUGCGAGGGGCGCGAGAACCACACGGUCAGCGCCCACUUCGGGUACCCCUUCAGGCUGCACCAGGCCGUGUUCCAGCCCUCCCUGACUCACCUGUGCAACCACACCUGGCCCAAGGACGUUCACCUGAUCGGGGACUUCUCGUCGGCCGCGCGAUUCUUCGUGGCCGUGGGCGUGGCCUCGUUCCUCUACAGCCUGGGGGCCCUGGGCGGCUACCUGGGCUACCUGCACCUGUACAGGUGUGCUGGGUCACGGCUGCCUCUCAUGGAUCCCAGGACCUGGUGUUCUCGGGCCUGGUGGCCGCCCUGUGGCUCGUGGCCAGCUCGGCCUGGGCCCAGGCCCUGGGACACGUCCGGGCGGCCGCGGCCGCGCCCCUCCCCCACUGCCCCUCCCCCACCGCGGUGUGCGCCCACGGCGGGACCACGCCCAUGGGGGGGCUGGGGGCCUCCGUGGCCUUCGGAUUCCUCAACCUGGUGCUCUGGGCCGGCGGCUCCUGGUUCGUCUACAAGGAGACCCCGCUGCACCGCCCGGCCCCGCCCCCCGACUCCGCCCCCUCCCCCAUGUGACCCCUCCCCCCACCCCUCUUGGAGGAUCCUCCCCCUUUUUUUUUUGGGUCGAAUUUGGGGGCGGGGCUGAGCCACGGUCGGGGGAGGGGCUUUGUGCACUGAGCUUCGGCGGGGGAGGGGCGGGGAGGGGGCGGAGUCGGCCAAUGGUUGGUUGGCCUUGACCACAAGGGUCAUUGGUUGGUUUGAGAUUGACCUUUGACCUCAUCUGAGCUUGGGUGGGCGUGGUCUUGACCAUUGUCAGUCGAUCUUGACUUUGUUGACCAUUGAUCGGUCUUCGGUUGACCGUUGGGCGACCUUUGACCUUGGUUUGGGUUGGUCUUGACUUUGGAUUGCUCUUGAUCAUGGGCUGGUUAAUCUUGACUUAGUUGACCAUUGGAUGACCUUUGACCUUGGUUUGGGCUGGUCUUGACCAUUGAUUGGUCAAUCUUGGCUUCAUUGAUCCUUGGUCUUCAGUUGACCGUUGGGCGACUCUUGGACUGGUCAUGACCAUUGGUUGACUUCUUUAAGUGUUGAUUGGCCUUCAGUUGACCGUUGGGCGACCUUUGACCUUGGUUUGGGUUGGUCUUGACUUUGGGUUGGUCUUGAUCAUGGGCUGGUUAAUCUUGACUUAGUUGACCAUUGGAUGACCUUUGACCUUGGUUUGGGCUGGUCUUGACCAUUGAUUGGUCAAUCUUGGCUUCAUUGAUCCUUGGUCUUCAGUUGACCGUUGGGCGACUCUUGGACUGGUCAUGACCAUUGGUUGACUUCUUUAAGUGUUGAUUGGCCUUCAGUUGACCGUUGGGCGAUCUUUGACCUUGGUUUGGGCUGGUCUUGACUUUGGGUUGGUCUUGAUCAUGGGUUGGUCAAUCUUGGCUUCAUUGAUCAUUGCUUGGUCUUCAGUUGACCGUUGGGUGAUUCUUGCAGUGGUGUUGACCACGGAUUGGUCAAUCCUGACUUCGUUGACCAUUGGUCAUUCUUCAGUUGAUGGUUGAAUGACCUUUGACCCUGGCAUUGGUGGUUUUGCGGUUGACCUUUGACCUCAGUGGGGUGAGGUUGGGGUGAGCAUGGCCUUCACCUUGGGUUGGUCUUGACCAUUGGUUGGUGAAUCUUGACGUCGUUGACCAUUGGUUGGUUUUCAGUUGACCGUUAGCUUGACCUUGGUUUGACCUUGAUCUCACUGAUCAUUGGUUGGUUAAUCUUGAUCUCACUGACCAUUGGUUGGUCUUGGCCUGACCAUUGGGUUGGUGUCCACUUGGGUUGACCGUUAGACUGGUCUUGAUCUUGAGUUGAUCAUCAGCGGGUUGGUCUGGACCUUGAUGAACGGUUGUCGGUUUGGACUUUGCUGACCAUUAUUGACCUUGGUUGACGUUGGGUUGGGUUGGGUUGACCUUGGAUUGACCUUGACUUGGGUUGGGUGGACUUUAAAUUCGGUUGAGUUGGGUUAACCUUGGGUUGAGU